GACUUCAUUGAAGUCGCUGAUGAGAGAUCAGGUCGCUAUUUUAAAGCGCAAAGGGUUUGCAGCUGCCUUUGUUGGUGAGUCGGAUUCGUCAGACGCUGCUGUCAAGGUAGGGAAAUUCCCCAAUGUCUAUGGAAGCCCUGAAGUGCUUGUCGGCUCACGCGAGUGGCGAUGCGCCUUACAAGCAAAUGAGUUGAGAGAGCGGUUCGUGGCCGUGGUAGUGGACGAAGCUCACACAGUAGUUCAGUGGUAAGGCAAAAUCAUGUCUUUCUUUGCGUUUUGUAGUCGCAAUUGGUGAUGUGAAAUUCAUUUAUUGUAGGGGUACUGCAUGUCAGGACGUUAGUGAGAAAGAGGAACCAUUUCGCGUAUGGUGUGGCCUGGUUGGCGAGCUGAGGUCGUUGUUGGAUGUCCCGUGCUUGGCGCUAACUGCAACUGCCUCUGCAUCCACAAGGAAAGCUCUCACAUUAGCAUUAGGACUCCGCAAUGCUGUCGAAAUUGUGAAGAGUCCUGAUAGGCCAAACAUCCAUCUCUCAGUCAAAAGAGUAGCUCCCGACUUUGAGACAACUUUCGACUGGCUUCCAAGAAUGAUUCAGACGUUAAGAGUGGCCUGCCCCAGAGUACUGGUGUACUGCAGAACUCAUAAUGCCUGUACAUCAUUGUAUUAGCACUUCAACCACACUCUUGGUAAGAGGGCUAUCUCUCCAGAGGGUGAAACUUUGGUUGAGAAUCAACAUGUGAAAAUGUAUCACUCCAGCACCCCUGAAGCUAACAAGGAGGCAAUAUUGACAUCUCUGAGAGCUGUUGAUGGCAAGUGCAGAGUGGUAUUUGCCACAAAUGCCCUAGGCUUAGGAAUUGAUGUGCAAGGAUUGCAUACAGUUGUUCACUGGGGACCAGCCAAUACUCUGGAAAGCUAUAUGCAGGAGAUAGGUCGGUGUGGCAGAGAUGGCGGACAAAGCAGAGCCGUUUUGUAUUAUCAUGGUCAGCAGCUGCAGCACAUUGAUUUUGAAAUGCGACAAUAUUUGUUUGAUUCCGACACAUGUCGUCGGAAAUUGCUGUUGUUACCCUUUGGUGCACCCCUUGUGCAACCAGAAACUCAACACCAGUGUUGUGAUGUGUGUGCAAGAACGUGUAGCUGUGCAAAACCAUCAGAUUGUUCUGGUAUACAGGGUAUCUUUUGGAAUAGUCAUCAUCAGGAGGUCAGGGAUGGUGUUCAUCAUAGAUCACAUAGACCCGUUUCACUGCCUCACAUUGCCUUAAUUCGGACAGCCCUUCUUGAGUAUAAAGAAAUGGAAAAAGAGAUAUUUACAUCAUCAGUACAGCAGCCACAAUAUUCAUCAUGUACUCAUGUUAGACCCAUUUCAGAUGAUUGCAUCCAGGAGAUUUUGUCCAACCUGACUAAUUUUAGUCAGUGGGAGGACAUUUGAAAUUUGGUACCAGAGUUGAGUGACAGUCAAUCAAAAGACAUAAUUGAUUUAAUUAACUAUGUAUUAACUUAUGAGUAGUAUAGAUGUUCCGUUGUUGAAUUAAUCAGUUUGUUCUAGUAUC